CGACAGCGUCCCGGGGGCCUCUGGGGGCCUCGGAGCAAGAUGGCGGCGGCGUCGGGGUCCGAGAGGCGCGAGCGGAGACCUCCGGGGCGAGUGUGAGGAGGGGUCCCGGGGUCCCGGGUAGCUCCGGGCCGGGGCCCCGCUGCGGAACGGACCAUGCUACGUUCUACCGGCUUCUUCCGCUCCAUCGACUGCCCAUACUGGGCGGGAGCUCCCGGGGGGCCUUGCCGGCGGCCCUACUGCCACUUCCGGCACCGCGGAGCUCGGGGCCCCGGCGCGCCCUGGAGCGGCGGAGCGGCGUCUCCCGCAGCAGGGCUUGGCUAUGACCCGUACAACCCGGAGCUGCCUCAGCCUCCUGCGGAGAGAGAGAAUGGCGUGCUGGGCCAAGGAGAUGGCAUGCUGGAGCUGGAGCUGGUCAACCAAGCCAUCGAGGCUGUGCGUGGCGAGGUGGAGCUGGAGCAGAGGCGUUACCAGGAGCUCCUGGAGACGGCACGGGGGCACGGUGCUGGGGCUUCAGCCCUGGCGCCCUGCAGCCCUGCCACGAGCCUGGAUGAUGAUGACACCUUCUCACUGGCCCUCACUUAUACACCAGGUGGCCUGCUGAGCCCAGACUCAGGCUACCAGCCCACCCCACUAGCUGCCCCUGCUGAACCAGGUCACAAGUACUCAUUGGCCCCUUCAGAGAGGGGUCAGGGCAGAGUUGGAGGGGGUACCAGUGCCCUGGAGUAUGUCCCCAAGGCUGUGGGCCAGCCGCGCCGCUGUGGCCGACCCGUGUCUGGGGGCAAGUACGUGGUGGACAGCUCAAAGCCAUCAACAGAUCUAGAGUAUGACCCACUGUCCAACUACUCAGCUCGGCACCUUGGCAGGGCCAGUGCCAGGGAUGAGAGGGCCACCAAGCGGCCUCGAGGCUCCCGGGGUGCUGAGCCCUAUACACCUGCCGUCAAGAAGCCCUGUGACCCCUUUAGUGGCUGUGAGGCCAGGUUCUCAGACUCAGAAGAUGAGGUGGCUAGCCCGCCGAAGGCUGAUAUCAGCAGCCCCAAGGUUGGGGCUGAACCUGAAAGCAAGGCACCUGGGAAACCUGCUUCCAAGGAGGGCCCGGAGCCAGUGGAGGGCAGCCUACGGGGCACCAAGGAAAUGGCUGUGCAGUAUGACGUGGAAGACCUUGGGCAAACUCCGAAAGCAGCAGACACAGUAGCCAGGGCCUCUCACGAUGCUGGGGUCCCCAAGGAUGGCAAAGCCAAGAGAAAGAAAAGUGGGACACCAACCAGCCUCAGCCACAAGGACAAGGCCCGUAAAAGAGACAAGAAGAAAGACAAGGACCCAGGACGGCCCCGGGAAAAGGAGAAGGUGUCUGCAGACAAGAAGAGACCGCAAGCUGGCAGCCCCCGGGGCAAGGGCUCUGAAGGGACCAAGAAAAAGCCGUCCAACACCACUGUGGUGGCCAGCUCAGGGAAAGGGGGGCCAGGCUGCCCCUCCAGUGGAGGGCCCCGGCCCCGAGACUCUGUGUCUGGCCCCCACACACCACUGGCCUGGAAAGGUUGCAGUGAUAAGAAGACACCCUCGGGGAAGUUGGUGGACCGCAAGGCCCGCUCCCUGGACGAGGGCGCCCCCCAGGAAGCCCCUAAGCUCAAGAAGCGGGCCCUGAGCCACGCUGAAUUGUUUGGGGAUGAGAGCGAGGAGGAGGACUCGGGCUUGGGGGCCAGGGCACCCCGGGUCUGGCCCCCCACCCUGCCCAGCCUCAGCUCAGACUCAGGAUCAGACUCUGACUCCAGCCUGGGCCUGGGUGAGACACAGGUGCCCAAGCGUCUCAAGGCCGAGCCACCCGCAUCCCCCGCACCGCCCUCCCCGUCCUCCUCCUCCUCCUCCUCCUCCUCCUCGGGAGCCAGCCAAUGUGCAGAGGAGGAUGUGGACUACUCGGCCCUGGAGAAGGAGGUGGACUUCGAUGCGGACCCCAUGGAGGAGUGCCUGCGGAUCUUCAAUGAGUCUACCAGUGUGAAGACGGAGGACAAGGGCCGGCUGGCCCGGCAGCCCCCCAAGGAGAAGGCUGUGGAGAAGGCGUGUGCAGGCCUGACCACUCUGUUCCCGGGGCAGAAGAGAAGGGUCUCCCACCUCUGCAAGCCAGGCAAGGAGGCAGAGGCCCCAAGGAGGGCCCCCGUGGCUCCCCCAGCCCGGCCCCCGACUGCUCAGGAGGUGUGCUACCGGAGAGCACAGCAGGCUCAGAGGAACUCCGCCAGCUUGUUACAGGUGGCCCCGAGGCCAAACGACAGGCUCUCCUCCGUGCAUAUCUCUGCCCCUGGGGAGAAGAGGAGGAUUGCUCACGUACCCAACCCUCUCCUGGCCACCAGUAAGUCCUGGCCCCGCCCUCUCGGACCCCCAACCCCAGCAUCUGGGGUACAGGGGGAAGCAGCACCCUGGGAACUUCCCUGAUUUGUUUGGCCUUGAGCACCACCUUGCGGGGCCCUGGUGACUGGCUGACUGUGGUGUAGGGACAGACUCAAGCCCUGGGAUGCUGGAGGCCACGAGUCAGUGGGGACUAUCCCAGUCCAGGGACCCUCAGUGGGACUUGCCUGGGCCUACCUGGGGUGGGCAGCAGCUCUGAAGGUCAGGUGUGGAGUAGACCUAUCUGUGCUGAGCACAGCCCCUGAGAACACAUCCUGCCUCGGCAGUCGGGGCUGCAUCUUAUAUCUCCCAGGGAAGGUCUUGCCAUCAGGACAGACCACUUCUCACUAGUCAUGACGUGAGCCUGUGACCCAAUCAGGAAGAGCUGCUGGGCCUGGUCCUCUUCC